UAAGUUUUAGAGAAAUUUUGACGUAACUGUGUAUUGUACGUUUUAUACGUAACUCGAAGAAUCGAAAAUGGGUUCAAAUAAACGACAUAAGACCGAGAAGAGUCGGGACGCUAAGAAGAAGCGUCACCGUAGCCGUUCAAGAAGUUACACGCCUGAGCGCGAGAAAUCGGAAAAGCACAGACAUCACAAAAAGCAUAGAAGAAAAGAACGCAAGGAUUAUGACAGCGAUGUCGAAAUAGUUAAUGCACCUCCCCCACCAAAAAUUUCUAAGUCAUCACAUCCAUCAACACCUCCACCUCCUGAAAUCUCUAAGCAACGUAGUCCUUCACCAAACAAAGGUGGUGGAACACAGACCUCCCUGUCUAUUGAGGAAACUAAUAAGUUGAGAGCAAAAUUAGGUUUAAAACCAUUAGAAGUUGACAGUGCUCCAAAAGAUGACCCUAAUAAGAUUAAAGAUGACUUGGGAGAAUUUUAUCACAAGCCUGCACCUGAUGUUAAUGAAAAGUUAAGGAGCCAGAAAUUAAAAGAAAAAAUUGGUACUCAGAAACAGAAAAGAUUAAUUGAGCAAAAUUUAGCAAAAAUAAAAAGUUUGGGUGAUUGUGAGUCUGAUGAUGACACAAAAUCUUGGAUUGAUAGAAACAGACGUUUGGAGGAGGAGAAGAAAAAAGCAGAAGAAAGAGCAAAAAUGUUAGAUCAGCUAGAUGAGGAAUUUGGUAUUGGAAAUUUAGUAAAAGAAGAAAUACACGCCGCUCGUAAUACAGCUUAUACUGAAAAGAAUUUAAAGGGUCUGAAAGUAGAACAUAAUUUCGAAAAAUUUCAAGAAGGCAAAACAGUUGUCUUGACAUUAAAAGAUCAAGAAGUAUUACAUGAAGGUGAAGAUGUACUUGUUAACGUGAAUAUAACGGACGAAGAGCGUUAUCAACGUAAUAUUUUAAAUAAGACUAAAAAACCUGGUUAUGAUGCAUACGAUGACGAUAACUUCGAUGAAUUUGGUUUUCCAAAGAAAACGGUUUUGGAAAAAUAUGACGAAGAGAUUGAGGGCCAAAAAAAAGAUAAUUUCGUAUUGGGAGUUAAUAUGAAAGAUGUUAAGCAGAAUAAACUCGAUUAUGUUAAGCAACGUUUAGCGAAUAAACGACUAGAAUCGUUACAGUUAACAGAGCCAAAACUAGCUAGUGAAUACUACAAUGAUGAUGAACUUACAAAGUUUAAGAAACCAAAGAAAAAGGUUCGCAAAAUUCGAAAAAAAUUGAAAGCAGAGGAUUUGAUUCCUGAAGAUAACGAUUAUCUUCGUGAUCUCGGUAGCAGGAGAAGCAAACGAACGGAAGAUGUGAAAGAUAACGAUGCUUUAGACGUAGACGAUUUAGGAGCUCCGGCCGAAGACCUCAGUGGAAUUAAACUGGAUGAGGAUGACAAAGAGAUGGAAUUACAAUUAGCAUGGAAAAAAGCUCAACGACUAAAAGAAUCACAAGCAUCAAGUAUCGAAAAAGUCGCUGAAAGCAUAAAACAAGAGCCCGCAGGUUCUGAAGAAAAUCAAUCUGGAAAUAUCGUUCUUAAUGCUACUGCAGAAUUUUGCAGAACCUUAGGAGACAUUCCUACUUACGGUCUUGCCGGAAACAGGGAAGAAAAUGGCCAAGAACUUAUGGACUUCGAAUUGGACGGGGUCAAAGAAGAACCACCAAUAAAUGAAGAGGAGGAUGAUGGUCGUGGCGCGUGGAAUACUGUGCAACUAGAUGAAAGUACAUCUGAACCAGUAGCAAUGGAAGCUGCGAUUUUAGACGCAGAGCCUUCACUCGGUCAAGGCGUUGGCGGGGCGUUAAAACUCGCAAUGAGCAAAGGUUAUCUGCAAAAAGAGGACAGUAGUAGACCUUCUGCGUCUCGUUUCGCGCACUUACAGGCCCAGAAUUACUCCAUAGAGGAUAAAACUUACGGGGACGAUGAUAAAUUUGGGAGAAGAGAUCGUUUCAAUGGUCCAACUUCGGAGUUCAAGGAGAAGGAUGGCUUCAAACCCAACGUUAAGUUGGAAUAUAUCGAUGACGAUGGCCAUGUUUUGAGUGCAAAGGAAGCUUUCCGAUAUCUAUCACACAAGUUCCACGGUAAAGGACCGGGAAAAAAUAAGGUUGAAAAACGAAUGAAAAAAGCAGAGCAAGAGGUGUUGAUGAAACGAAUGUCAUCCACAGAUACGCCUCUAGGCACGCUUAAUCUAUUACAAGCGAAACAGAAGGAAACUCAAUCGCCGUAUAUAGUACUCAGUGGAAGUAAACAAAUGCAGACGACUAGCAUAUCAAAGUCAAAGCAUUAAAAAUUUUAAAGCUAAAUUUAAUAAGAGUUGUAUAUAAUAUAUAAACAGAAGGAA